GUGUGUAGUUGUGCUGUUCAAUCCAAAGAAGAAUAAACAGCUUCACAUAUUCAAUUCUUCCAGGAAAGCAAUUAGUGCGUUAGCAUUCUCACCCGAUGGAAAGUACCUUGCUACUGGAGAGAGUGGACAUAUGCCUGCUGUGCGUGUCUGGGAUGUGGAAGAGACCAGCCAAGUGGCAGAAAUCCAGUGCCAUAAGUAUGGGGUGUCGUGUGUAUCUUUUUCCCCAAACAUGAAGUAUAUUGUAUCAGUAGGAUACCAGCAUGACAUGAUAGUCAAUGUAUGGGACUGGAAGAAAAAUUCUAUUGUGGCUUCAAAUAAGGUGUCCAGUAAAGUAAUGGCAGCGUCAUUCACUGAAGAUAGUAGCUACUUUGUGACUGUUGGCAAUCGUCAUGUAAAGUUCUGGUAUUUAGAUGCAUCUAAAAAGCCACGGGUAAAAGGGACAGUCCCUUUGGUGGGACGUUCUGGAAUAUUAGGUGAAUUACACAAUAACUUUUUCUGUGGUGUGGCUUGUGGAAAAGGGAAAACAUCAGGACUGACUUUCUGCAUUACAAACUCAGGUCUCUUGUGCCAGUUUAAUGAAGCAAGGCUUCUAGAUAAAUGGAUAGAUCUGAAGGUACCUGUUGCUAACUGCAUAUUUGUCACAGAAGUGUUUAUUUUCUGUGGGUGUGCUGAUGGAGUUGUCAGGGUAUUUGAACCAAACAACUUGCAUUACAUUUCCAAUUUACCCAAGCCUCAUUUUCUUGGAGUGGAUGUUGCAGAUGGAUUAUCACCCAGUCACCUUUUUACGAAGAAGGUUGGUGUUACGUAUCCACAUACCAUUGCUUUGGCAUUUGAUCCUUGCAACAGUUGGCUUCUGUGUGUCUACAGUGAUCAUAGCUUGUAUAUUUGGGAUGUUAGCGACACUAAAAAAGUAGGAAAGGUGUGGUCUACUCUGUAUCAUAGCUCUUGUGUCUGGAGCAUUGAGAUGUUUCCUGAGGUGGAAGAAAAUGAACGCUAUUUGCCUGAAGGAUCUUUUCUGACCUGCUCUUCAGAUAACACCAUUCGUAUGUGGAAUGUGGCCAAAAACAGUAAUCAAGCUAAUAUGUUGCAAAGAAAUAUAUAUAGCAGUGAUUUGCUGAAGAUUGUCUAUGUCGAUAACAAUGUUCAGUUUCUGGAAGACAUGCCUGGGAAUUCUGAAAAAGCUGAAAGUGGUAGUGCUCUUGAGAUGAAAUCUGGGAUUCGUGUGAUGAAGAUCAGCCCUAAUGCAAAGCAUUUAGCUACAGGAGACCGAAUGGGGAACCUUCGAAUAUAUGAGAUGCAGUUUAUGGACGAGAUCAUGAAAGUGGAAGCUCAUGAUGCUGAAGUACUGUGUGUAGAAUAUUCAACUCCUGAAAUGGGUAUGAAUCUUCUGGCUACAGCUAGCCGGGACAGGUUAAUCCAUGUUUUAAAUGUGGACAGUGGUUAUAACCUGGAGCAAACACUUGAUGAUCAUUCAUCUUCUAUUACAGCUGUAAAGUUUGCAGCUGCUGAUGGCCAGGUUCAGAUGAUAAGCUGCGGGGCAGAUAAGAGUAUCUAUUUUCGGACCGCGCACCAGGGUGCAGAUGGAAUCCAGUUCACCAGAACCCAUCAUGUUGUGGGGAAAACAACACUGUAUGAUAUGGAUAUAGACAGCGCUCAUAAAUAUGCUGCUGUUGGCUGUCAAGACAGGAAUAUCAGGAUAUACAAUGUGAUCACUGGGAAGCAAACUAAAUGUUUUAAAGGCACAGUUGGCGAGGAUGGUACACUGCUGAAGGUGCAGACGGAUCCAUCAGGAACAUUUCUUGCUACUAGUUGUUCCGAUAAAAACAUUGCUGUCUUUGACUUUGUUACUGGGGAAUGUGUAUCAACAAUGUUUGGACAUUCAGAGAUUGUAACCGGGAUGAAGUUUACCAAUGACUGCAGAUAUUUGAUCACUGUGUCCGGAGACAGUUGUGUGUUUAUAUGGCACCUGAAUAAUGAAAUUAGCAACUGCAUGAGGCGACGCUUAGAGGAAAUUAAACUGACAAGGAAGCAAGAGAGAGCUGCACUUGAGACUCAAGGAAAUCAAGUCGGGAGGGAAUCAUUUGCAACAUUAUCGUAUUCUGUGAUGCAGCCAUGUGAUGGAGAGCGAAAGGUGCUAGAAGUUGGUUCUGAAGAAACGGAGAUAGACGAGCAAGAUUCUCUGGAAACCCCAUGCAAAGACCAUUCUGAUAUUGAUAUGAUGAACCCUAUGGUUCUACAGACUAAUGGGAAGUUACCUUUAUGGGCAAAGAGACUGGAAGCAGGGGGUGCACCAUUUGAUGAAAACAUGAUGCGUAACAACAAUGAAGAGUAUCAGCCACGUGGACGCUGGGCAGAAUAUGCUGACAGAGACUUGAUCAGAACCAUCCUGGAAAACAAACCUCUGGAAGCAAGUUUCACACCAGCACCAAGCAGGUCAUCUGUAAUCCAGGAAGAUGAGAAUAGCUUCUAUUUGGGUCCAAAAGAAGAACUCGAACCACAGAAUUUAGAACAUUUGCUUGAGGAAAUGGGUGACACCAGCAAAAGCUUUCCUGUAGAUACAUGUGUCUUGCACACAGUGUCCACCUUUUUAAAUGAAAUGGAGGUUGUUUCUGACCAUGAAGUUGCAACUCCUGAAGCAGCAGAGCGAAUUAUUUACCCUGCGCAAUCUGAUGAGUCUUCUGAAGUUGACAGUGAGUAUCAGGUAAAGGAGCUGCAUGAAACAUUUACUGGGCUGCAACCUGAGUGGAAGAACAUCAAUGCUGUGGAGAUGAAGUCCGAAGGUUCUUGUUCAGAUGUGGCCUUUAAUCCAGAUAAGCAACAGGAUGACAUUGAUUCGCUGAGCCAGCUUAGUUCUGAUGAUGGUUCUGCAGCUGAGGAAGAUGAUGCUUCGUCUGGUAGUAUGCAGAAAGACCCAUCUUCACCCCAGAUUGCUGAGCAAGAGAAAUUUCUUAAGAAACAUUUUGAGACAUUAUGUGAUGAUAUCUUCCAAGAAAAGUUUGAUGGAACAUUGACAGAUUUAAAACCAGAUGACAAUAAUGAGAAUGAUUUCUUUCUGAAUCCUCGCUUAAGUAUUUCAACAAGAUUUCUUUGCCAGUACCAGAAAAACAGACUUGCAAAUGCAUUUCCACCUAGAAUACAGCAACAAUUUCAAGGAGUACCAGAAGAGCAGAGCAAGAUCCAAGAGGAAGCAAAUAUGUCAGAAUAUCCGGCAAGAUUUUCAGAUGUAAUUAUGAAGUACUGCAAAGAGGCACCUCCAGAAAUGGUACCAAAGAAAAGGGAAUUAGAGACAGAUGAAUUAAAAGUAAGAAGCAGUAAGCGCAGGACUGGUUCAGCACGGAUGUCUAUGCCUGUAACAUGCAAAGCACGUCGCAGUAGAUAUGAAUGCUCUUCAGAAACAACAUUUAAGCUUCCAACUUGCCUUCCAAAGUUAAAUGAUGGUGAGAAGUCUUCACGGAGGGUCUCCCAUCAACCUUCUGCACAAAAAGAAGUCUCUCAGGGCAAAAUUUCCAAAGAAAGGUCUUACAUGAGUGCAACAGCAAGCUCCAGGGCUAAAAUGACUCGCAGUCUCUCUUUAGUAGAUAACUUAAAUUCAAAGAACUUGGAAAUUCAGCAGAAUUCACUUGAUUUUAGACCUGGUUCUGUUGUGACACUGUGCAGUUCUGAAAAAGAACUCUCAAAAGAUGAUCCUGGAAGUGAAGACAGUGCUGAGCAAGAUUUAAAAGAAAACGCUGUAGAUCAGGAUAUGGCAGGUACCUCUAACAAUGGGAAUUAUGAAGCAAGGACAAACUUAAUUUUGAACAUUACCAAAGCAUUGGACGAUAAACCUAUGAUACCUUCUCUUACACCUGAUGUUGCAUUGGCCAAAAAUAAGUACAAGCUGUGUGCAUUUGAAAAUCCUAAGACUCCACUUUUAGCUGUGACUCCAACAGAAAUGAAGUCUUUGGGCAAGGGUGGGAAAAGUUACAUCAAAGACUUGGAGAGUAUACAGAAUGCUUAUGUCACUUGUGAUAUGGGAGACACUGAAGAUGAUGAUAAAAGUGGGAAUCAGAGUAUUUCAAAAUCUUUUUCGGAGGGAGGUCUGGAUCAGGCUUCCCAAGGGGCAAGCUCUCAUGUUUCUACUGUGACAGAUAGUUUAUCAGAUAGUGUAUACGGGGACAGCAUUUCAGAUUCGUGCAAUGUUGAAGCAGACAUUCCUGUGGCUGUGCCAGUCUCUCUCAGAAAAACACAUGAUUCAGAAGAAAGUCCAGCAGAAACAGAAGAUUUUGUAGUUAAUGUACAGAAUUGUGAAGCAGUUGCCAACAGUCUCAGGGAAACACUACAGAAUGCCUUGCAGUUUUACAGUAAGGUGGAUUCUCACAGUAAAUCCCAUGAAGAACAGCAGCAAAUGAAGGCUAUCUUAUGUGACGUAUUUCGCAGUGUCAGAAUGGAGCUGGAGUUAGUGGAAAGAGAAGAGAGAGAGGCCUGUUUACAAUCUCCUAUAAAGCAUCUAAAAAAUGACCAGACAACUGCCCUUUUGGAGCGGUAUUCUGACAUGCUUCUAGAAAUAAUGCAGAAGAAGAUUGAUAACAAGUGAUGAGAAGAGGGAAACAAUUUUUUGUUUACUUAACGUUUUCAGAAGUCAAAAAUGAUUGACUGCAUAAGCAUGCCAGUUUUUCAUUCACCUUAAUUGUCCUAAAGAAGCUUGAAAGCUACCAGUAGCCAAGUUUUCAUGCUGACAGUAAAAUCUGGUUUGCACUUAAGGUGAAUUUGCUUGCUAUUGAUGGUGGUGGGCAUGCACAGGCCUCCAUUUAUUCUGUUGUGGUGGUCUCUCAGGUGUGCUUGAGUUAUGCCACAUCUUUUAACUCUGAAAUUCAAAAGACACACUGUGUGGGUGGGUGUCUUUCUGCAUUCAUAGCCAUGGAGGUUUCAGUCGUUUAAGCCUGAAAUCAUUGACUUAAAUUGCUAUACUAUGAAUUUAAAAACAAAAAGGGAGCAAUGUUACAGCAAGUGUUCUUGUAAUGCACGAUUCUCAUUUGUACAGUCAAGCCGUCUUCCUUUGAAUGAGCCUUAUUAAUAACUCCAUGUUGUACUUCUCAUUUCUUGUGUGAAAAUGAAAUUAUUCUGAACUGGAAGCAUGAACAUGGUAGCAAAAUGAUACUGCAAUAUGGAAAUGUGAGGUCACUUGCAGAAUAUUUUUGACUUCUCAUUGGUUAGCUAUGGCAAACCCAGACUGAGGAUCAAAUGUGUUUACAAGUUGAUCUUUGCAUGCACUUUAAAUGCUGUUAAAGAGCAUUUGAAUGUUUACUUAUAUGCAUAGGUCAUUUGGAGCUUUCAUUACAGGUUGUAUGUCUUAUCUAUGUGGAUAACUAAAACAGGAGUGACUUAGAAUUGAAUCUCAGUGUUCAUUUACAUGUCAGUAAUCUAACAGUGUAGAGAGAGCCUACUGCGUGUUUUAGAUUACUUUUUAUCAUGUUCAAUUUUUACAUGUGGAUGGAUUUUAUGAAUGGUCACACCCUUCAAAUGGUCAUUCUUCAAGUUGACCUGAAAGGUGACUGUGACAGACAAUGCUUUCUGAUGUUACAUGUACAGUAAUGCACAUUAACAUAGAAUGUCUUACAGGAAGCUGCGUGGUCCAGAUAUUCACAAUGCAUUUGGGGAGCCCAAAAAAAAAAACACUACAGCAUCAUUUGAUUAUUUAAAAAAAUAACAUCACCCAAGUAUUAGACAUGUGUAUCUUUAUUGCAUAAGUAUUUAAAUAGUUGGUUUAGUUAAUACCUAAAAGGAAAAGUCAGUGUUCUCCCAGUAGAAUGCAGCAAUGUUGAAUUUUUUUACGACCAAGACAGUAGUUUUGUAUGCUGUUUUUAUUCAUUGAACUUGAAAAUUUGGUGUAUUUUUUUGUUUUCUUUAACUUCUGUUUAAGCUAUCAGAUUUGUCUCAUUAGACUUCCAUGUCUUUUGUUAAAAAUUGUUGCAUUGGGGAGACUGUUAGCAAGAUUAGAUUCUGUAACAAAACAUUAUUUCUGAGUAACAUAACACGAGCACACUGUGUUUAGCCUUGGGAUCACUGCACAGUGAUUAUGGGGAAAUGCAGUUGGCAGGAUGUAAUGGAUGUUCUGUGUUUUGGUAUACAGGUUUGCCUAACUGUGCUCCAAAAUGGAUAACAAGCAGAAGUCAAGCUUGUCAUUAAGUUGAAAGAGGUCACAUAUAAUAGUAAGAUGGUGAAGAUGGGCUUCCCAUACGGAAUAACUAAAAUGGGUCCGAGACAGUGAAAGGUUAAGAACUAGCACUAUAAAAAAGUGGGUCCAGUAAACCUCCAGUGAAAGAGGAGCUGGUGUCAGCUGAUGGCCAGCUGCAGGGAGGGGGGAAAGGCAAAAAAAAAAAAAUAAUAACACUGAUGUAGUUGUAUAAAUAGGGAAAAAAGAGUAUGCUUAAUUAGCAGAAGGAAACUGACCCAUUCCCAAUAACAGUGCAUAUCUAAUCCUAGUAUUCAUUUAGGUUAUUUUACCAUACUUUCUUAAAAUAUGCUACGGGCUUUUUGAUAGCCUAUAUUUGUAAUAUGACUAUGGAUUUUCACAACUUUAGAACAAUUUCUUAUAUAUUAAGUAUUUGUGCUGCUUUCUCGGUUAAGGAUAAUAAUAGUACAGUUCAUACAGUAUUCACCAUUUUGUGCCAUAUUUUUCCCUAUUUAUGCAUGUCCUAAAAAAAUUGAUUUUGAUUUCUGGCUCAGCAGGCUGUAGAAUGUCUAACUUUAGAGUGUCACCCCCCAGAAUCCUGGGAGGGAAAGUAGGGUAUUGUAGCCAGUCUGAGGUGUACACCCAUCCUAUCUUCAGAUAUUUAUUUUUGCAGAAUUUCUUCACAUAAUUGAUUCUAUGGUGUUAGAUAAAAGUUUGCUUUCUUAAUUUAUUGGAGUAUUUUAAAUUUUUCACGACAAAAUAUUGGAAUAUUGCAAAAAAUGUAUGACUGAGUUGUUUAAAGACUUGAAAUAAAUAUUGGCUUUAGAAGCACGUCUUAGUCUUGACAUAUACUUUUGUCUCCAGUAGUGUAAUGCUCUGGUUGUGAUUACUGUUAGCUUAUUUCAGAUGCUCUUUGGAGUUAAUUAUUUUUUUACCAGGCUGUUUAAAGUUAUUGUAGCUCUGCCUGGGUUUGGGAUUUAAAUAUUACUUGACAAGCUUCUGUAAUGACUGAAAGCAGGGUUCCUGGCUUUCAGUUUAAGCCAAUAUUUUUUCUCUGUUUUCUUUAAAUUGAGAUUUGUGUAGUGACACAGGAAAUUGUCUUUUCAGUUUCCUGGCCUCUCUUUGGGUUGUCUGGAGUGUGGAUUUAGUCGUGUCUGUCAGUGUAAAGAAAAAAAGGCAAAAAUUCAUAAUAUCUCCAGUGAAUCAUUUAUGCUCUGAUUUCAGUAAAUUACAUCAAAGGCA